ACCACCAAACAGCCCUUUUAUGUGUUAUAUUCACUACAGAUGGCAGAGGUGUAGGACGUGUUAUCAUUUCAGAAAAGGGACGGGAUUAGUUUCGAGGGCGCAGGGUGAAAGGGCACGGGAUUAAUAUCUUCCUUAUAUUUAUUCGUUUAAGAAGAAAUACAAAUAGAAAAGGAUACAUUUGUACCAUGGUGAUGAGAAAGGAAGAUCGCGUGUGGGUCGAGGAAGGCGCGGCUGGAGGCGGAGCGGGAGGACCUCCUUCGCCAGGAGGACCCCGGCGGCGACGAGGGAGGAGUGCGCCGCUGGAUCGAACUCCUGACGGAACGCGACCGUCUUCUGCGCCUCACGUACUGCCAGGAAAAUAGCAGCGUGCUAGCAGUGAGCCUGAAGCGCAUGAUCCACAUGUGCGUGUGGGUGGAGCGCCUGGCCGUGUGCCCCGACCCCAUGGUGGAGCAGUUCCGCGCUGCGCUGGGCGAGGUGAUCCGCAUGUGCCCGCUGGUGAUGAAGCACCUGGAUUCGCCCUCGCCGCAUGACCACAUGGAACGGGGGUCGUCCCCUCUCCACCCGUCCCCGCCCACCCCGCCCAACCUCCAGAGGAUGUGGGUGGAGAACGAGCAGGGCGCCGCCAAGGACGCCACGCCGCCGCGCCAGCCUCCGGCAGCCCUCGACGGCCAGGGCUCCUGCGGCCCGCCCAAGAGCAGCGGCACCUUCGAAGUGCCCGGCGGGGACCAGCGUGCGGGGAGCCAGGCCUGGUCGCCGCUCACGCCCGACCGCACGGACGUCACCCUCGCCAACGAGUCCGCGUGCUCCAGCGGGUCCGCCCAGAGGCCGGUCUCGUCCACGCCCGAGCUGUACUUCUCCCCCAUGCAGAAGCAGAGCCGCGCGGCCGCCAACACCACCUCGGACAGCUCCCAGUACACGUCCAAGGACACGCAGGACAAGUUCUUCAGCCCGCAGGCCGAGAAGGACAGCACCUCGAGCCUCCUCUCGGGCAAGGACUUCCCCAGCAACAGCUCCUUCAACUCGCCGACGCUGAUGUUUAAGUUCGCCGACUCCAGUGAGUUCGGUGGCCUGAGCGGGAGCCCCGGCAAGUCCAGCCAGGACGACCGCGACGACGAGAACGAAAGCCUCUUCCAGUUCCCCAAGACGAAGAAAUCGCGGCGGGCCCGGAGGAAGCGCACCGGAGUCCGAAAUGCCUCGACGCCGCCACGGAAGACCCUGCAGGAGCUGAAGAGAGAGAGCAACUGCGCCAGGCCGAACAAGAGGACGCGCGCCGAUGACCUCGAGGGAGACGAGGUCACGCGCCUUCUGCUGGCGAGCAUCCAGAACCUGGGUCAGCCCUCGCGCUACGUCGCCCUGGAGGCGUUAGAGGAAGUGUAAAAGUCGUCGUUUUUAUAUCCUUUUUUAUACCAAGUGCGUUUGGAUAUUACGUCAGUUAUGUUCGGCUGCAUUGUGAUUUUUUUCUCAUUUUAGUCUGCGUUUGUACGUUUGUCGUUUUACUCUUUUACUUGAAUUUCAGUGAUUUUUGAGAUUAUUGUACGUCUAGAGUUUUUAUUGGCAUUUUCGCCAAAUGUUCUCAACACGAUUUUUUGAGUCUGUGGAGAUGUUUGCUUUGUAAUACAAGUAUUUAUUUCAGCGUAAAGGAUUUUGUCAUUUUAGUAGCGGUUUUUAAUUCAUAAAUCGCCUAUUGUGUUUAAUGUUCAUUUUUAGGCCAUUGUAAAAGCUUUAGUAAAUUUUUAGUUUUCAUCGUCA